GAGCACUCGCACUCCCUCGGUCACACUUUCUGUCGCUACAGCGCUGCCACUCCGCCACGGCAUCUGUGGAUGACUGAACGAGCUGGCUGGUAGGAUGGCUGUAUAGAUUGCACAGACGAAUACAUCGAAGUCCUGACGUCCCAUUACCCGCACUUCAUCGCUCAGCCUUUAGCCCAGCAUGGCGCAGAACAACCAGGUCCUCCCUUCCAAGGAGCAGACCCUCUUCCGGCACCUCGUCCAAAACUACGAGUCGAAACAGUACAAGAAGGGUCUCAAAGCCGCCGAGCAGAUCCUUCGAAAGCAUCCCAACCAUGGCGACACCCAGGCCAUGAAAGCGCUGAUCCUGUCCGCACAAGGGAAGAGUGAUGAGGCCUUUGAGCUUUGCAGAGCCGCUCUCAAGAACGCCAUGAAGUCGCACGUCUGCUGGCAUGUAUAUGGCUUGCUGUACAGAGGCCAACGUAAUUACGAAGAAGCGCUCAAAGCCUACCGAUUCGCAUUAAAACUCGACCCGGACUCGGUGCAAAUACAGCGCGACUUGGCGAUGCUGCAGAUCCAGAUGCGGGAUUAUGAGGGAUAUGUGCAGUCGCGGCGGGCCAUGUUGACGGCCAGACCGGGCUUCAGGCAGAAUUGGACCGCACUGGCCAUUGCGCUGCACCUGAGCGGUGAUUUGGUUGGCGCGGAGGAUGUGCUGCAUCGGUAUGAGGAGACUCUGAGGCAGCAGCCGAGUCGGAGUGAUAUGGAGCAUGCGGAUGCGGUGCUGUAUAAGAACAUGAUCAUCGCGGAGAGAGGCGAUCACGAGAAGGCGUUGGAGCAUAUCAACUCUAUCAUGCGAACUGCGCUUGACAAGACGGCGGUCAUGGAGAUGAGGGCAGAAUAUCUAUUGAAGCUAGAUCGGAAAGAGGAGGCGAAGGAGGCUUACACUAAGCUAUUAAAGCGGAAUCCGGAGCAUCGUGCGUACUACGAAGGGCUGGAGAGGGCGCUCGGCCUUGAUCGGAGCAACGGAGACGAUCAUGAGAAGCUCGGCGAGAUGUAUCACGGCUGGGCAAUGCAAAGCGAUAGGAUCGAUGCCGCCAGACGAAUACCGCUGGACUUCAAGCAAGGGGAUGCGUUCCGGUCACACGCCGACAAGUAUCUGCGACGAAUGUUCAAGAAGGGUGUACCCAGCACAUUUGCAAACAUGAAGCAGCUAUACUCGGAGCCGGCGAAGAAGGCUGCGGUCCAAGAACUAGUUGAAGGCUAUCUUUCCGAAGAACCACAAGUCAAUGGUGGCGCUGAGAAGACGGAAGAGACAAAUGGCAGUGUAGAUGGCUCGCACAAGGCCGAGGCGAAACCGAAGACCGACCCAUCAAUAACAUGGCAAAUCAGUGUCAACUACUACCUUGCCCAACACUACAACUACUACCUCUGCCGCGAUCUUGCCAAGGCCGAACAAUACAUCGACAAGACUAUCUCACUCAACCCGUCAAAGACGGACUACACCUACCACAUGACUCGCGCCCGCAUUCUCAAGCACAGAGGCAACGUCUCCUCCGCCUCCACCGCCAUGAACGAAGCCCGGGAAAUGGACCUCAAGGACCGCUACAUCAACACCAAAUGCGCCAAGUACCAGCUCCGCAACCACCAACAUACUGAUGCGAUCUCCACCAUGGGUCUUUUCACCCGAAAAGAAGCCGUCGGCGGCCCACUUGGUGAUCUGCUGGACAUGCAGUGCGUCUGGUUCAUUACCGAAGACGGCGAGAGCCAUCUUCGCCAAAACCAUCUCGCGCUCGCCCUAAAGCGCUUCAGAGCCGUUUACGACAUCUUCGUCGCCUGGGAAGACGACCAGUUCGACUUCCAUUCCUUCUCCCUCCGCAAAGGCAUGAUCCGCGCUUACGUGGAUAUGAUAAGGUGGGAAGACCGCCUACGCGAGCAUCCCUUCUUCACCCGCGCCGCGCUAUCCGCUGUUCGCAUUCUGUGCAUGCUGCACGAUAAUCCGGAGCUGGCCAAAGGGAAUCUGCAGAAUGGGGAGAGUGCGGAGAAUGCUGCGGAGCGGAAAAAGGCGGCUAAGAAGGCGAAGAGGGAGGCGGAGAAGGCUGCCGAGGCAGAGAAGAAGGCGAAGGCAGAGAAAGCGACGGCGAAGGCGGAUGAGGGUGGGGAGGUCAAGAAGGAGGAUGUGGAUCCGGAGGGCAAGGAGGGGUUGAAGGUGGCGGCGGAGAAGCCACUGGAAGAGGCGAUGAAGUAUCUGCAGCCUUUGCUCGAACUCAGUGGUGGGCAUGUGGAUGGGCAGAUCGCUGGGUUUGAGGUGUACUUCCGGCGGAAAAAGUACCUUCCCGCCCUUAGAUGCCUCCUAGCAGCGCAGCGAAUCGAUCCCGAACACCCCAAGAGCCACGAGCAGAGUCUGAAAUUACGGCAUGCCCUCGGCAACCUGUCGGAACCUCUACCGGAGAAGGCGAAGCAAGUUACCGAUUCCGAGUUCCUUUCCAAGCAGCCUAAGGACCAGUCAAUAGAAGCCGUCAACGAAGAGUACCUCGCCAAGCACAAGGACAGCGCAUCGCACAUACACGCUGCUGUACGCGUACGGCAAGUGUUACAGCCUGAGUCUGCUGAUGCCAAGGCGAGGAGUGUAGAGGACCUGGUGCAGUCGUUGCGGUGCGAAAAUAUAAUGCUGCGCCAAGCGGAGGACGGGUUGGCUGUCUUGCUAGAGCUGGGUGUUGAGGUGGAAGCGAGGGAGAAGUAUGUACAGGCGGCGCGGGAGAGAUGGCCGGAGGCUACGGUGUUCGGGGCACGGUAGCAUCCGCCGAGCGCGAUGUUGAUCGGG